UGACAAUCAAUCAUCCAUAUUAAUUAUGUGUAUAAAAGUGCACAUAUUGAAUUAAGCCAGUUGCAUUGGCCACUGUUGAACUCAGACUUUGGGAUGUCUGUCUUUCUUUGCAUAAUCUUGCUUAACUUUCAACUUCAUGCAAAGGCAGAAAAGUCUCUUUGCCAAAUGAUGGGGGACCCAAAAUACCCAUUGCUUUCAAAGGAUGGAGACGUAACUAUUGGAGCACUUUUUCCAAUCCACAGCAUAGAGACAUUACCUUUAUAUAAGUUUCAGCAAAAACCUCAGCUUUUAUCAUGCUCAAGUGUGAGCCUGAGAGAUUUCCGAAUGGCUCAAAUCAUGAUCUUUGCCAUAGAGGAGAUUAACAGAAGUGAAAAUCUGCUCCCAAAUGUUUCUAUUGGCUACCGAAUUUAUGAUACCUGUGGUUCAAGGCUAUCUUCUAUGGGUGCAAAUAUGGCAUUAAUGAAUGGUGAACAAUUUGCAUCAGGGGACAGAUGUAAUGGACUGUCUCCUAUUCAUGCAAUCAUAGGAGAAACCGAGUCAUCCAACACAGUUAUUCUGUCCAGAACUACAGGACCUUUUAAAAUUCCAGUGAUAAGUCCCUCAGCCUCAUGUGAAUGUCUCAGUAAUAGAAAAGAUUACCCCUAUUUCUUCAGAACUAUCGCUAGUGAUUACCACCAGAGCAGAGCACUAGCAUUCAUAAUCAAAUACUUUGGCUGGUCUUGGGUGGGAGCUGUGAACAGUGACAACGAUUAUGGAAACUAUGGAAUGGCCAUAUUUCUGAAUACAGCUGAGAAGGAGGGGAUUUGUGUGGAGUACUCUGUAAAAUUCCAGAGAACAGAGACUGAAAAACUUAAAAAUGUGGUAGACACAAUACAAAAAGGCACUGCAAAAGUCAUUGUUGCAUUUCUUACCAAUUUUGAAAUGAACAAUCUACUUGAUUAUUUAAUUAUUCAGAACAUUACAGGCCUCCAAGUAAUUGGUGUGGAGGCAUGGAUAACAGCUGACAGUAUGGUCACUCCUAACAGUUUUCAUGUGCUGGGAGGAUCAUUGGGGUUUGCUGUGAAAAAAAACAAUAUUGAAGGUUUUGCAGAUUAUGUUAUAAAAUCAUUCUGGAACACAGCUUUUCCAUGCUCACAGACUGAGGGGAAUUCUUCUCAAUAUCAAUUAAUUUGCAAAGCAUAUCAAGAUCUCCUUGUGUUGAAAAGCAACAAUGAAGAUGUAUCUGAACAAAGAUACGCAAGCAAUGUAUACAAAUCAGUUUAUGCAGUGGCUCAUUCACUACACAAUCUACUAAAGUGCAAAGAAAAAGAGGGUUGUGAAACAGACCUGAAAAUACAACCACAGCAGGUGGUUAAGGCUCUGAAAAAGGUAAAUUUCACAAUGAAGAUGGGAGAUCACGUGUGGUUUGACAGUACUGGUGCAGUUGUAGCCCAAUAUGAAGUUGUGAAUUGGCAGCAGGACUCUAAUGGAUCAAUCAAGUUUAAACCAGUAGGAUACUAUGAUGCUUCACUGGCCCCUGACCAACGAUUUGUGCUCAACACUGACAACAUAAUCUGGGCUGGAGGACAGCUGGAGCAUCAGGAGAAUGUUAUAAUCUUGUUCAUGGUAGAAAAAGCUGCUUACAUGUACACGGGGAAAGUAACCACGGAGACUUAA